AUGCUCGCCAUAACUCCCUCCAAGCAACUAUCGAAACAAAUAACACCCAACAUACUACCCUGUAAAAUCACCCAUUCAGGGCCCAUACCCGCAUCAUCCCGACAUUGGAAUCCUCAAUCCUCCACGACCACCACCUCUUCCACAUCCUCCCCCAACAAUAGCGCAACGCAAACAGCUUAUUUCCGCGGUCGAAAACUUCAAGGUCGCAAAAUCCCUCUCCCGGAAGGAUAUGAAGGAAAAGUCCUUUUCAAAACCGACAUUCUCCUUCCUCGGGCACCUCAAGAAAGAGAGAACGGGGAGGAUGAGGAGGAUGAAGAGGUACCAGUAGAGGUCAAGCAAGCGGAACAAAUGGCGAGGUUUGAGGAAAUUGUGGUUUGGGGACAUGAGGCUCUGCCUGGGGACGAGGAUGUUUAUGUGCAGGGUUUGGAAGAGUGGGUUGGUUUUGCGGAGAGGAUUCAUGCCUACGAUACACCGACGGAGACGACUGCAUGA